CCACCAUCUCUCAUCCACCAUGACCGCCCAUCACACCGCUCCGCCUGGCAAGGGAGAGCCCAUCGCCGUCGUUGGCAGCGGCAUGCGCUUCCCGGGCUCUUCGAGCAGCCCAUCCAAGCUCUGGGGGUUUCUGCUCAAGCCGCGCGAUGUGCUCAAGCGCAUUCCGGAGACUCGCUUCAAUGUCGACAAUUACUACCAUCCGGAGCCGACCCAUCACGCAACCUCACAUGUCAAGGAGUCGUAUUUCCUCGACGAAGACCACCGCCACUUCGACGCGGGCUUCUUCAACAUCAAACCCGUCGAGGUGGCCGCCAUCGACCCCCAGCAGCGUCUGCUGAUGGAGGUGGUGUACGAGUCGCUUGAGGCGGCGGGAAUCCCGCUCGAAUCUUUGGCAGGUUCUCGUACCGGAGUCUACGUCGGACUCAUGUGUGCCGACUACCUCGACCAUCUGAAUAGCGACAUCGAUACUGUGCCAACCUAUUCUCCGACGGGAACCGCCCGGAGCAUCGUGUCGAAUCGCAUUUCCUACUUCUUUGACUGGCAUGGACCCUGUAUGACUAUCGAUACCGCUUGUUCUUCCAGCCUAGUCGCAGUCCACCAGGCAGUCCAGCUGCUGCGAAGCGGCGACUCAGAUGUGGCUGUCGCGGCGGGAACCAACAUGAUCCUGGGCCCUGGGCAGUACAUUGCCGAGAGCUCGCUGCACAUGCUGUCGGCGGAUAGCCGGUCUCGCAUGUGGGAUGCCGACGCGGCCGGGUACGCGCGCGGCGAGGGAGUCGCUGCGGUGAUCUUGAAGCGUCUCAGCACUGCGCUCGCAGACGGAGACAAGGUCGAGUGCAUCAUUCGAGAGACUGGAGUCAACCAGGAUGGUCGGACCAAGGGGAUCACUAUGCCGAGCGUCACCGCACAAGCCCAGCUCAUCGAGGAGACGUACACAAAGGCCGGGCUGGAUCUAAGGGACCCCAGUCAGCGCUGCCAGUACUUUGAAGCGCACGGAACUGGAACUCCGGCAGGUGAUCCCAAGGAGGCUGAGGCUAUCAGCAAAGCCUUCUUUCGGCCCGGCGACAGGGUGUCCCCCCACGGCGACCCGCUCUACGUCGGCUCCAUCAAGACCGUCAUCGGUCAUACCGAGGGCACAGCGGGUCUUGCUGGCCUUCUCAAAGCCUCUCUCGCAGUUCAACACGGCGUCAUCCCGCCCAACCUGCUCUUCAACAAGCUUCAUCCCAACAUCGCGCCAUUCUACACCAAUCUGGAGAUCGCAACGAGCCCCAAGCCAUGGCCGGCCCUUGCGGAUGGCGUUCCACGCCGUGCGAGCAUCAACAGUUUCGGUUUUGGAGGCACGAACUCGCAUGUAAUUGUCGAAAACUUUGUGCCCCCCACCUCCUCACGGGACCACAAGCUUGUUCCUGCUCCGCAGUUCGCGCCGUUCAACUUCUCAGCUGCUUCUGGAACUGCCCUGAGAGGGGUCCUGUCCAACUACUCGGGAUACCUUGCAUCUCACCCGGAUCUCGAUCUCGGUGAUCUCGCCUACACAUUGUAUGCUCGGAGAUCUUACCACGCCGUUCGGGCCAGCAUCCCGGCGGGGUCGGCGGCCGACCUCCGGGCCAAGAUUGACAACCUCCUGGCGGCACAGUCGGAGCAAAACAGUGGCUCCAGCCUCGGCACUCGCUCAAAAGAGCUCUCGCGCCCAAUCCGCAUCCUGGGCGUGUUCACCGGCCAGGGCGCACAGUGGCCCACCAUGGGCAGAGCCUUGAUGAAGAGCCCAUAUGUCAGAAAGAUGGUCGAGGACCUCGAUCGGGAGCUCCAGCGUCUGCCCAAGCCAGAGCGCCCCGACUGGACGCUUGUGGAACAGCUCACCUGCGAUGCUUCCAAGUCUCGCGUCGCCGAAGCCGCGUACGCGCAGCCUCUCAGUACCACGAUCCAGAUCGUCCUGUGUGAUCUCCUCCGCAGCGCAGGCGUCAGCUUCCAGGCGAUUGUCGGCCACUCAUCCGGGGAGCUUGCCGCAGCUUACGCCAAGGGCUACAUCACCCGAGUAGAGGCGGUCAAGGUCGCCUACUACCGGGGCUACUAUUCGACCCUCUGCACGUCCGACAAGCCUGGGGCCAUGAUGGCCGCCGGGGCAUCUCCAGAGGACGCCAACGAGCUCUGCGACCUGCCCAUGUUCAAGGGUCGUCUGUGUGUAGGCGCGUAUAACUCGCCCACGGGCGUCACUCUUUCGGGUGACAGCGACGCCAUCGAGCAGGCGAGGGAGAUCCUCCAAGAUGAGGGCAAGUUUGCAAGAGUCGUCAAGGUCGACAAGGCAUAUCACUCGCCGCACAUGAAGCCAGUGGCAGGCGCGUUCCUCAACGCACUCAGGGGCUGCAAGAUCCAGCCUCGACACGCGACGGGGGAUGGAGACGCUGUGUGGCACUCCAGCACCUACGAGGACACGGAAAUGCGCGGCAACAUGGAGGGGGAUGGCGAUCUCUCCGGGCCGUACUGGGUGAACAACCUGCUCCGGCCCGUGCUCUUUUCUCAGGCCGUCCAGGCUGCCGCUGCUGCACACGGCCCAUUCGACAUGGCCAUCGAGAUCGGUCCCCAUGCGGCACUCAAGGGGCCCGUCCUAGAGACGCUUCGGGGGAGCAGCGACGGGGAGGCGGUGCCCUAUGUGGGCCUGUUGCACCGUGGAAAGGACGACGUCGAUGCGUUCUGCAGUGCUCUUGGCGACCUCUGGUCCCGGUUUUCUCCCGCGACAGUCGACUUCCGCACGGUGGACUUGACGGCAUCCGGCGCGCACAGCCGGGGCCUCCUCAAAGACCUCCCCACAUACCACUGGGACCAUGAGAGGCUCUACUGGCACGAGUCUCGCACGUCCAGAGCCAAGGCCAUCGCCAACAACCCCCCGCAUCCACUGCUCGGCACGAGGACGACAGAUGUCACCGAGGACGAGAUUCGCUGGAAGAACCUGCUCAAGCUGAGCGAGAUGCCAUGGGUCCGCGGCCACCAGCUUCAGGGACAGGUCGUCUAUCCGGCAACAGCCUACAUUGCCACCGCGGUAGAGGCCGCCAGGCGCCUGGUGCCCGACGACAAGAAGAUCGCCGUGAUCGAGAUCCAGGACUUUAGCAUCGGGAAACCGCUCGUCUUUGGAGACAACGAUGCUGGCGUUGAGACUCUCUUUACGCUGCAUGGCAUAGCCAAGGAGGGCGACAGCAGCUAUCUCGCCUCUUUCUCCUAUCACGCAUCCACCAAGGUCGAGGCGGAACGCCUGUCUACCCAUGCGACCGGGAAACUCCGAGUCACGACGGGCGAAACGCAUGCGCGAUGGCUGCCAUCCCGAAACGACGAUCCUCCCAACCUCUCAGCCGUUCCAGAGGACCUGUUCUACUCCCUUCUGGAGCCCAUUGGCUACGGUUAUAGCGGACAAUUCCGGACGCUCUCUUCGCUUCGGAGGAAGCUCGACUACUCGUCUUCGAUGAUCGCGGUGCCUCCACAGGAUGACGAGCCGGUGCAGAUGCUGCUCCACCCGGCCCUGCUGGACACGGCGCUACAGGGCAUAUUCUUGGCCUACUGCUUCCCGGGCGAUGGCAGUCUCGAACAGCUGCACGUCCCCACCGGAAUCAAGAGCUUCCGCGUCAACGUCGGGCUCUGCGAGCAGAAUCUCCAGCCCGAGAGCAGCGUGACGUCCUGCGCGCACCUGACCGAGAACCCUCUGACCUCGAAGCAACUCCAGGGCGACGUCGACAUCUACACCCAUGACGGAGCCGGCCUGGUCCAGAUGGAGGGCGUUCAGGUCGUCGUCUUUGCCGAGACCACGGCGGAUGCGGACAGGAAGUUUUUCACCGAGCACAGGUGGGCGCUACUCAACCCGAACUGCGAGGUGGCCAUGGGCGGCUACAGGGCCACCACCGAUGACUACGAGUUUGCCGAGGCCAUGGAGAGGAUUGUCAUCGAUUACAUGCGGCGCAUCACCGCCCUCUUCCCGAAGAGCGUCCGAGAGACCAUGAACCUCGAGUGGCACUUCAAGUGUCUCUUUGAAUCCUACGAGGACAGGAAGUGGCUGUCUGAUACCCCUGAGGACAUCGCGGCCUUGAAAGCCAAAUUCGCGGACAAGACAGAGCUCCAGCUCGCCCUCGCAGUGGGUGACAAUAUUCCGGCUGUCCUCAGGGGCGAGACGACGAUUCUCGAGCACAUGACCAAGGAUGGUCUGCUGAAUCGCUUCUACGAGGUCGGCCUGGGCUUGCGAGAGUUCAGCACCUUCCUCGCCCGGACCGUGAAGCAGCUCGUGCAUCGGCACCCUCGCAUGAAGAUGCUCGAGAUUGGCGCGGGCACCGGCGGGGCUACCAAGCUCAUCAUGAGCGAGAUUGGCCGUUCGUUCGACUCGUAUACCUUCACCGACAUCUCGACGAGCUUCUUCGAGACCGCCCAGGAAGUCUUCCACGCCCUCGGCGACAAGAUGAUCUUCAAGCCGCUGGACUGUGAGAAGGACGUCCUGGCACAGGGAUACGAAGAACACUCGUACGACCUGGUGGUCGCCUCGCUGGUCCUCCACGCGACUACCAAUCUCCGCCGGACCCUGACCAAUGCCCGCCGGCUCUUGAAGCCGGGGGGCUACCUGGUCAUGCAGGAAGUCACCAACAACCACUUGACGCGAACCGGGUUUCUGAUGUCUGCAACCCCGGGCUGGUGGCUCGGAAAGGAUGACGGGAGGAAGCUGUCGCCGUGCGUGUCGGAGCUCGAGUGGCACAAGCUGCUCCUCGAGUGCGGCUUCUCGGGCGUCGACACGGCCACCCCCCAACUCGACCCCUUGCCCUUCACUCUGAGCAUCAUGGCCACGCAAGCCGUCGACGACCGCUUCAUGUCGCUCCGCGAGCCACUCUCGGCGCCCGCCAUCCAGGCAGUCGGCGAGGAAUUGGACUUGGUGCUCAUCGGCGGCCAGAAACUGGGAACGAGCCGGCUCAUCAGCCAAAUCGUUCGGCUGAUCCGGCCGUUCGGAGUGAAGUAUAGCGUCUUCACGACGCUCGGAGACAUGGUUGCUGCCAAGACGUCGCCUAGCAGCGCGAUCCUAUGCCUGACGGAGCUGGACGAGCCCAUCUUCCGUGACCUCUCGGAACAGACGCUCAAGGGGAUGCAGCGGCUGUUCGAGACGCACGGAACCCUCCUCUGGAUCACGCAGGGGUGCAGGCUCGAGGAGCCGUACAUGAACAUGUCGGUCGGCCUCAUCCGGACGGUACUGCUGGAGAACCCCGACCUGGUCGCCCAAGUCCUCGACCUGGACAGCGGCACCAAGCCCGAUGCGCGACAGCUUCUGGAAUCGCUCCUCCGCCUGCGCUACGGCGCCAUGUGGGAGAAGGACGGCAGCAUCGACAAGAUAUUGUGGACACAGGAGCAGGAGCUCGCCAUCGAGAACGGGGAGCUCAUGGUUUCUCGCGUCUAUCACGACAGUGCCUCCAACGACCGGUACAACGCGUCCAGGCGAACAAUAUACGAGACCAUAGACCCGCAGACUACCCCGCUCAACCUCUCGCUCGGUUCUUCCAAGCCGGCUCUCGUUCAUAAUGCCUCACUUCGAGCCAGAAUGUCCAGCUCGCAAGCUGCGGCCGAAGAUGAUUUGGACGUUGUGAUCAAGGUCAGCCACUCGCUCUUGACGCCCGUGCUCGCAACGCCUCUCCAGCCGCCGUCCUACCUAGUCCUGGGUACCAGCGUGGCAACGACAAAGUCCGUGGUAGCCAUUGCGUCUAACAACGGCUCGUACGCAUUGGUCGAUCCGGAGAACGUGGUCGAGGUCCAAGUGCCUGCGGGCAGCGAGUCCAGAUUCCUAGCCCAGCUGGAUAAUCUGCUGCGUGUCGACAACAUGCUGUCCGUCUGCCCGAGGGACUCGACGGUGCUCUUCCACGAGCCCUCCCGCGAAAUGGCAUCCAGCAUUGUCGAGGCUGCGUCCCUCCUGGACGUGACCGUCUUCUUCAGCACCUCGUCUGCACCAGCCACGGACGGCCCGUGGAUCGCAAUGAGCCCCUACGCUCAUAAGAGAGAGAUCCGGCAUUUGCUGCCCCCCGGCGUCACUGUGUUUAUCAAUGCCUCCGAGGAUGCCCACAACAGGCGGCUGGGAGCAAUGAUAGCCUCCUCCCUGCCCGACUCGUGCCUUCGGACGACACCCGCGGGGAUACAGGAGCUACAGCACGCUCGAAAUCUCAUCGUCGCCACGCCGCCGCCAAGCACGAGGCUCAACAGCGCGGUGCAGUGGGCAUUGAAAAACACGGCCCUUUCCGGGGACUCGGGUUCCCUGCCGUCCAUCAAGUUGGACAAGCUGGUCGGUGGAUCCGAAGUCGACGCGGUAGUCGCACCGGCCAUCUUGGACUGGAGCAGCAGCGGCUCUCCGGCAACAGUUCCCGUACAGGUUUCCACCGUCGACGGCCUCGUCGGCUUCCAGAGCGACAAGACAUACGUCAUGUUUGGGCUGACGAGCGACUUGGCGCAGUCCACCUGCAUCUGGAUGGCGUCUCACGGAGCGCGAUACAUUGUGCUCACAAGCCGCAACCCAAAGGUGGAUGCCAAGUGGUUGGACCUCAUGACAGAGGCUGGGGUGAGGGUGGAAGUCUUUGCAAACGAUAUCACCGACAAGGGAGCUCUUUGUUCACUCGUGGACCACAUACGCCAGACCUUCCCGCCCAUUGCGGGCGUCGCCCACGGCGCCAUGGUUCUCGACGACGUCGCGUUUGCCGAGAUGCCGCUCGACAAGAUGACCAAGGUCUUGGGGCCCAAAGUCGACGGAGCCAUCUACCUAGACGAGAUCUUCCGUGCAGACGCGCUGGAUUUCUUUGUCUUUUUCUCCUCGGCCGUGACCAUCGCCGGAAACCGUGGACAGGCCGCCUACAGCGCCGCCAACUCGUUCAUGACGGCGCUGGCCAACAAGCGGCGCAGCCAAGGACUGGCCGCGUCGGUUCUCCACAUCGGCGCCGUCAUGGGCGUGGGAUACAUCAACCGCGGAAAGUUCAUAGGAGCCGUACACGAGGCCUCCCGCAAGGUCGGGUUCCUGCUACUCUCCGAGAGAGAGUUUCACCUCUGCUUUGGCGAGGCCGUCCUGGCGUCCCACCCGCUGUCUGGGCGGAAUCCCGAGAUCAUGACGGCAUUGAGGACGUCGGGGAUGGACGAGAUCACGAUCCGCUGGCCCAAGUUCCCCCGCUUCUCACACUGCCUGCAGGGCGAUUACGGAGGCGGCGACAAGAAGGCGACCAAGAGAGCGGCUGAAGUGUCUCUCAAAAACCGACUGGCCGAGGCCGCCACGGAGGACGAGGCUCACGAUAUUGUGCAAGACGCCCUUAUCCGUAAGCUCCGUGUCAUGCUUCAGAUUCCAGCCGACAUGGAGGCGUCCCAGGUCCUGGCAUCGAGAAUCGACGAUCUCGGUGUCGACUCCUUGGUCGCUGUGGAGAUCCGCUCCUGGUUCCUCAAGGAGCUCGAGACCGAAAUCCCCGUGUUCAAGAUCUUGUCUGGCGGCCUGGUCGGAGAGCUGCUCGAGCACGCCGUGACGAACAUGCCUUCUCGCCAGAUGCCCGGUCCAAACGGCCCCUCGGCGCCGAGUCCCGAAGCAGCGAAGUCCGAUCCGACUCCGCAGGUGAUCCCGGAUACUGCUCCUUCGUCGGAAACCCCACCACAGACCAGCGAGAACUCGUCCCGCCCAAGUGACUCGGGCGACGAGCAGGACAAGCGGGAGGUCUCGUCUGCCACCUCUGCCUCCGUGGCAGACUCCAAAGAUGUCUCCACACCGUCCUUCGACAAGGUUCUGCCGAUAUCCCCUGGCCAAUCCCGGUUCUGGUUCCAGAAGCACCUGAUGGACGACCAGACCAUGGCAAACAGUACCAUAUGUCUCAUGAUCAACGGCACUGUCAGGCUCGGCAGUCUCGAGAGCGCAGUCCAGAAGGUGGCGGCGCGCCAUGAAUCUUUCCGGACCUCGUUCUUCGUGGACGAGAACCAGAGGGCCGUGCAGGCCAUCUCGGAAACGUCGCAUCUGCGCCUAGAGACGGCGCCCCUCGCCGACGAAUCACGCGUGGCACACGAAUUCGAAAGCCUCAAGAACCACGUCUACGGCAUCGAAGACGGCGAAUGCAUGCGCAUCAUCCUCCUCGUCCUGUCGCCGACCAAGAGCUAUCUCCUUGUCGGGGCCCAUCACAUCAUCAUGGACGGCAUCAGCUUGGAGGUCCUCCUGGACGACCUGCAGAAAGCCUACAACGGUCAAGACCUUGUCACCAAACCGGCAUACCAGUACUCGGCCUACUCCGAGAAGCUGCGCGAAGACUUGGCAUCGGGCGCCAUGCAGGGGGAGAUUGAGUACUGGAAGACGGAAUUCGCGGAGCCGCCUUCGCCACUCCCUCUGCUCCCAUUCUCGGCGGCGACGAAGCGCACCCCUCUCGCGGCGUACGCGCACAACUCGGUGAGCCGUGCCAUCGGCUCCCAGCUCGCGAGGCAGAUCCAGGACGCGUGUGGCAACCAGAAGGCCAACGUGUUUCACUUCCACCUGGGCGUGCUGCAAGUACUCCUGUUCAAGAUCUUCGGCGACAGCGACGUCUGCAUCGGCAUGGCCGACGCCAACCGCUGGGACGACCGAGUCGCCGGGAGCAUCGGCAUGUAUUUGAACCUGCUGCCGCUCAGGUUCCGUCUGGACAGCCAGCAGUCGUUCGAGGAGGUGCUCAAGGACACGCGCAAGAAAGCCUAUCUUGCAAUGUCCAACUCGAGACUGCCAUUCGAUAUGCUGCUCGACCACGUGAGCUGCGAGAGGUCGACGGCCAUCAGUCCCCUUUUCCAGGCAUUCAUCAACUACCGCCAGGGCGUCAGCGAGAAGCGACGGUUCGACAAUGCCGACUUGGAAGUCAAGGAGAUGGAGCUUCCGAAAUCCGGCUAUGACAUAUCCCUGGACAUCAUCGAGAACCCGGGAGGCGAAACUCGCGUCACUUUCAUGGUUCAGCGGAGCCUGUACUCUGACAGCGAUGCAUCUCGGUUGCUGGACAUGUACUUCGCCCUACUGGUCGACUUGUCUCGGUCUUGCAAGCAGCAGCUCCAGCAGGUGUCGUUGUUCUCAAGCCAGGAUGUCAGCAAUGCAAUCCAGCUUGGGAAGGGCCCCAGCAUGCUUUCCUCGUGGCCCGAGACUCUGGUGCACCGCGUCGACGAGAUGAUUGCCAAGCACCCGAACGAGGCCUCGCUCAGGGACUGCAACGGCAAAUCGUGGACAUACCAACAGCUCGAUAAACAGGUCGAAAUGAUCUCGUCCGCGCUUCUCAGGGCAAACACGAAGCCAGGAUCGGUCGUGGCGGUCUUCCAGGAGCCGUCUCCCCACUUUGCGUUUUCCCUGCUUGCCAUCCUGCGGGUCGGCGCCGUCGUCGCGCCCCUGGACUGCAACAUCCCACCAGCGAGGCUCCGCGUCAUGAUUCAAGAGUCCAAUUGCUCUGCGCUGCUCGCCAACACCACGACGGCUGCCAAGACCGGAGAUCUAGGGCUCUCACCAUCAUAUGUCACCAUUUUGGAUGUUCUCCGUCUCCAGGACGACGGAACACCAGUCCGCCGUCCAGUUCCCGCCCGAGCAAGCGACCCUGCGGCGGUCCUCUUCACCAGUGGCACCUCGGGAAUCCCGAAGGGCGUGGUCUUAUCCCACGGUAGCUUGCGCAACCACGUAGAGGCGCUGGUGCAUACGCAUGGAUUCGGACGCGAGACGGUCUUGCAGCAGAGCUCCGUGGGCUUUGACAUGUCUCUGAACCAGACUUUCAUGGCCCUGGCUAACGGGGGAACGCUCGUCAUUGUUCCCGAGGCCUUCCGCAAAGACCCCAUUGCGGUGGCCAAGAUGGUGCUGGAAGAAAACAUCACCUACACCAGCGCAACCCCGUCCGAAUAUCUGGCCUGGCUCCGGCAUGGCGCCACCAGCCUCUCCAAGAGCACGCACUGGACAUUUGCCACGGCCGGUGGUGAGAAGUUCCCACCAGAGCUGCUGCAGGGCUUCCGCCAGCUCGGCGGCGGCUUCGGACGCGAGUUCCGCUUCUUCAACGCCUACGGCCCGACUGAGUGCUCCAUGUCUUCGAGCGAGCUGGACCUCAGCCGAGGAGACCACCAUGGCCCACAUAUUCCAGCCGGCAGGACCCUGCCAAACUACGGUGUCUACAUCAUGGACCAGAACCUCAGCAUCCUACCCGUCGGGUGGUCCGGGGAAGUCUGCAUUGCCGGCGCAGGUGUGGCUAUGGACUAUAUCAACAAUGCCGAGGAGUCACGAAAGAAGUUCCUGACGGACCCUCUGCCAUCGUCAGUGGCUAUUCAACACGGGUGGACCAGGAUGUACCGAACUGGUGAUAAGGGCGUCCUCCGGCCGGAUGGGACCUUGGAGAUCAUCGGUCGCAUGGAGGGGGACACGCAGAUCAAGCUCAGAGGUCUGCGCAUCGAACUGCAGGAUAUCGAGCAGUCCAUCCUGGAUGCAGCCAAGGGACGGGUCAAGAUGGUGGUGGUCACGCCUCGUGGAGAACCAGCCCUCCUCAUUGCGCAUGCGGCCAUGUCGCUCCUAGACGACGCCUCGGCGGAGAACGAGGUAGAUUUCCUCCGCAAGCUCGCCGCCUCGCUGCCCCUGCCGCAGUACAUGCGCCCCGCGGCCAUCAUUCCCGUCCGCUCGAUGCCGCUAACUGCAUCAGGCAAAAUCGACAGGAGGGCCCUCCAGAGACUUGCCGUUCCCAGCAUAUCGCGGGAACCCGAAUCGACAGGAGAGCUGACAGAGACGGAGUCAAAACUGGCUCAGGUCUGGCGAAACACGCUGCCACGACAGGUGCAGGAGGUGCACCGCAUCGACGCCGCUUCCGACUUUUUCCAUGUCGGGGGCAACUCGUUGCUGCUUAUCGAGCUGCGACAGCUCAUCAACCAGAGAUUCCAAGCCAGCCUCCCCCUGAUAAAGCUGUUUGAGAACAGCACACUGGGCACCAUGGCAGCGAUGAUCCAGGAUCUCUCGUCAGGUGCUGCCGACACCGCGAUCGACUGGGAGGCCGAAACGGCGAUCCCCAACGACCUUCUCGAAACCCGCACACAACAAAUGCCAGCAGUAGAAGUGCAAAACCACACGUCUCCCAAAACCGUGGUGAUCAGCGGCGCGACAGGCCUCCUGGGCAGCUCCCUGCUCCGACUCCUAGUCCAAUCCCCCGACGUCAGCAAGAUACACUGCAUCGCCAUCCGCGACACCAGCAAGCUGGCCGAGUUUGCGACCUCUUCCCCCAAGGUCGUGCUGCACAAGGGCGAUCUCUCCCUCCCGCGCUGCGGGCUAUCGGAAGACGAGACGGAGUCCAUCUCGGGCUCGGCAGACGCCAUCAUCCACAACGGCGCCGACGUCUCCUUCCUCAAGACGUACCGCUCCCUCAAGACCGCCAACCUCUCCUCCACCAAGGAGCUCGUGCGGCUCGCGGCCGCCCGCCGCAUCCCGUUCCACUUCGUGUCGACCGCCACGGCGGGCAAGUUCAACAAGUCCGAGACCCUGGCCCCGGGGUCGCUCAUGCCCUUCCCGCCGCCCGUCCAGACCGGCGGCGGCGGCGGGCUCGCCGACGGCUACGCGGCGUCCAAGUGGGCCAGCGAGGUGUUCCUGGAGAAGGCGAGCCGGCAGCUCGGCCUGCGCGUCUUCAUCCACCGGCCGUCGGCCAUCAUGGGCGCCGAGGCGGGCGACGACGUCCUGUCCAGCGUCCUCGAGUACGGGUCCCUCAUCGGGGCGCUCCCGGACUCGAGCCGCUGGACCGGCUACGUGGAUCUCGUGUCUCUCGAGAACGCCGCCGCCGGCAUCGGCCGCUCAGUCCUGCAGGUGCCGGGAGUCGCCGACGCCCGCGUCGAGUACCUGCACCAUGCCGGCGACCAGGUCAUCCCGGUGAAGAGUAUCCGGGACCUGCUGCACCGCGAGGGCGGGGGUGCUGACCUGGAGUCGCUGCCCAUGGGCGAGUGGGUGGACGGCGCUGUGCGGAGUGGCAUGAAUCCGCUGGUAGGCGAGUUUCUGCGCAACGCGGACGAGAGUGGUGGCCUGCUGAUCGGACAGAAGCUGUUGUUGCGCAAGGAGGACUAGGUAGGUACCGAGGUACCUAGAGGGAGGCAUCGGUUUGGAGUGCUUCACUUGUUGUAUGUUCGAU